AUGGAGGACGACCUUUUGAACCAGAUGAUCAGCCGGAUGAGUGCCGAGAGCGGCAUGCCGCCGAAGGCGCUGAUGCAGCAACUCAUGAACGACCCAGAGGCGCUGCAGGCGUUUGCUCGGGAUUCGCCUGUGCAGAACCCACCUGCUCCACAUGAGUCUGAAAAGCGUGCAGACGGCAACGCAAAAUUCAAGGCGGGCGACUUGGAAGGCGCAAUUGCAGCUUACGAGAAGGCGCUUGAGGAUCCGGAGGAGGAUCGAUUGCCACUGCUCUCAAACGUUGGUCUCUGCCACCUAAAGCGGAAAGAGCCAGCCAAGGCGCUUGCGUUCCUUCGCGAAGCGAUGACGCUGACGGUGCGGCUUCACGCGUCACCAAAGAUCGCCACGAAAGCAGCCGCGCGGCGAUACGAGGCUGAAGUCUCACUCGGUGACAUCGCUGCUAUGCGUGCUGCGCUGGCCGACUUGCGCUAUUACACGCGCCAACCUGGCGGCAGCGUCACAGGCCUGUCCAACAUUCCCGACGCACCAGCCGAAGAGAAGGCAUUGCAGCUAAUCGUCGCGAUUGUCAAUGGUCAGCAGAACGACAGCGGCCUCUGGCAGAUUGAGCGUUUGCUCGAGGGUGUGCCGGCCGAAGCCUGCGACAAGCAUGGCAACAACCCACUCAGCCUCUCCGUCGAAGUCGCCUGUGCAACCACUGAUCGCGGAAGCAGCUUUGGCUUCAAGCUGGUGCAGAUGCUGCUGAAAGCCGGCACACCUCCCGACGUACGCCAGUCAGGCGGAAAGACGCCGCUGAUGGCGGCCGCCAACAAGGGUCGCGCGGACAUUUGUGGCCUGCUCCUGAAGGCAGGCGCGAGUGCGACGGCGACGGAUCGUGAGGGCUUCUCACCGCUGCACACCGCAUGUGUCGACCUGUCCGACCCUGACAAGGGACCGGCUUGGGUGGCGGACCACGAAGCUGUGGUGGCCAUGCUAUUGGCGCGCGGCGCGAAUGUGAAUGCGCAGAACGCAGGCGGCAUGAACGCGCUCAUGUACUGUGCGCAGCAGCUCCGCGGCACUCGCAAAGAAGAGACGGGCAUAGCCAAGCGGCUCAUCGAAGCCGGCGCAACGACCACAAUUCGUAUCAUGCCCGAGCACGCAAAGGUGGCAGAGACCUGUAUCGGCUUCCUGCCAAUUGGCUGUGUGGUGGAGCCCGACGCGCCAAUGCGUGCCCUAUUGACGGCGGCAGCAGCGGCUGAGGGUGCGGCAGCGGUGGAGAUCUAUGCUGACGACCGAAGGAUCGAAGAGUACCUCAGCUUUUCCGACGAGUAUAUCAAACCCGUGCAUAACAAGGGCGCGGAGGCGCUGAGGGCCGCGGGCGUUGAAGUGGACGACACGGACCCUCGGGCACUGCGCGCCGAGAACAAGACACCAGAGCAGCACAGGGCUUCGAUCCUACAAGAGACGCUGAAGGCCAUCGUGCUCGUCGGCCGCUUUGCCGGCCUCACGGAGGAGACCAUGUACGAUGUCGUCGACAACCCGCUACUCACGUCAUGGACGGGCCUUCAGUCGUUCAUUCCACGCAUCCUCCUCAAGCGAUGGCCACGAAAGGACGCCCCCUUGACCUAUGCAGAGCGCGGGGAGAUAUGUCGGCUCUGGGGCAAGCGGCAGGAGCGAGAGAUGCUCUCGCGAUGCCCGAGCACCAACGCACUCGUACCGUUCUUUGUGGUCAACCGCUCCCACCAGGACUGGCUAAGCAACUUCCAGCACCCUCUGCAGCAUACCUAUGCGUGCGCGAUCCCGAACAACGCCGCACUUGACGCCAUUUCCAGUCUCGGGAUGCCGCUGAUGGAGCUCGGCGCAGGCGCGGGCUAUUGGGGUGCGCUACUGCGCUCUCGUGGCGUCGAAUGCGUGCUGUACGAUCGCGCGCCACCAACAGCGGACGGCAACAAUGUGUACUUCCAUCGGCAAUUCACCGAGGUGCUGCUGGGUGACCACUCCAAGGCAGCGACGCACCCGGGCCACGCUCUGCUCCUCGUGUGGCCGUUCUCUGACGAGGAGGCGAAAUCUCCGUGGGCGCGCGACGUGGAGCCGUGGGACGUGCGAGCGCUGCGGCUCUACGGGGGCUCGACCGUUAUUCACGUUGGCGAGAUGGACGAGCAGGCCGAUGUCUGCACCACCUCGAAGCUCUUCAAGCAGCUGCUCACGGCCGCCUUCCGCCAGGUUCGGAGCAUCGACCUGCCGACUUGGCCUCACGGCAACGACGUGCUCACCAUCUGGAGGCGCGCCGGUGGUGCGGUCGCAGGCUGA